CCAGAAAGGUUACAAUGGGUUGAUGUUUCUAAAAUCAUAAAAUCAUCAAAAACAUCUCAAGUAUUGGUUGAUGGUGCAUAUAAUCCAUCUGCAGCCAAAGCACUUAGAAAAUAUGUUGAUAAGCAAUUACAAUUACAAAAUAAGGAAAUUACAAAGACUUGUAAUUUAUUAAUGAGAAAUGGUGAUUCAUUGUUUGCAGUGAGUUUUACGAAUAUUGAGGAGAUGCCUUGGAAUUCAAAAGUUGUAGAAAAUUUAGAUGAAGUGCUGCAUCAGACAUUUGCAAGUUAUGAUGAACAAAGUCAAAUUGUAGUUUUAUGUGGAAGUUUGUACUUGAUCUCUGAUUUAUUUAGAAUGCUUCAAUGA